AUGGCGGCGCCAGGCGGAGGCACCCUGUCUGCACUUAAGCAGACGGAGAGCCCCGGAGCCUCCCAAUCCCGCAACCCUGCAAGCACCCGGAGGGACUCGGCAUGGAGAAUUGCCUGGAGCCCUGCAGAUUUGUGUUCUGGCGCUAUUGUCAAGCAAGCAACCUCUUUGCAUCACAUUAAAAGUCCUCAAGAGUGGACCCUGUUGCUUCCUUUAACGUCUGCAGUCUGGACAGACGGCAAUUCAAUUUUAAUUGUGAUUGAGGAUUCCGAAGACGAAAUUAGGUUGAAGCAGAAGAAGAAGCAGAAGCAGAAGUAGCAGCAGAAAAAAGAGAAAAAUAUAAAAGAAAGAAUAAAAGCAGCCGAGAAGAUCCAGGCCUGGUUGCGUGGAACCCUGGUGCACCAGACAUUGUUACACGCAGCCCUCAAGGCCUGGAUCAUUCAGUGCUGGUGGAGACUGACAAUGGACAGGCUGUGGCAGAAGAAGCGGAGGGCAGCCCUGAUUUCCUACGCACACACAGAGAGGGCAGUGGUCAAGCUCCAGGCUUUGGUCUGUAUGUGGCACAUCCACUGGUGUUACUGCCAGGUGCUCAAUGCCAUCUACAUGAUCCAGUACCACUGGCAAGGCCACAACUACCAGACCUGUGCUCUUCUCCGGGGCCAUUGUGUAGUCACAGCCACUCACCUGCAGUUCCACAUUGAAAUCAUCAACCCCUAAGGGAUGGCAAGAAGCGUCACUGUCUCCUGUCCUCAGUUAAGGUCUAACCUGAUCUGGUAUGUCUCAUGGUCUCCCCACCAGCUAACGGAAAUUUUAGGACUUAAGCCAUGCUGCCUCCUCUUCUCCCUGGGAAAGAACUUUAGUGAGGUUUUUCCCUUGUGCCCAUGAACCCUGUUCUGGACUGACAAUUCCAUAUGCUACUUACUUAGUUGUCAAAACAGAAACCAAGGUCCUAGUCUAAUAUAACAGAGCCAGAAGUCCCAGCUCCCAUCCCCAGCCCCAUUCCUUUCU